UUUUAUAUGUGUGUUUUGUUCAGUUAGAUGCAUAGCGACAGCGACAUGGCCAUUCCCCGGAUGUUUAACUCCAACACGCCGUUCGUCAUCGUGACCGGAGGAUCCGAACUCUCGUUUCUUGGCAAAGAGGAUGCCGGCGAAGGAGGCUGUGAGGAGGAAAAGGACUCUCUGGUCCAGGCCAUCGCCCCCCAUCUGAGUCGGGUGAUGCAACAUGGCACUGCAAAACACGUGGUCCCCAAAGGGCGCCAAGUCUGUGAGGAGAGUCCCUGCGUGUCCAUCGUGGCCCAGGCAGAGAGAGAAGACUUUCAGGAGUUCAGCCCCACAAACACUCAGUGUCCUUACUCAAGAUCUCAGCUGAUCAAGAAGCACAGGUUUCUCAUUAAGGACGCCGCACCGAGUGACACCGAGGAUGAGGACUUCGACGUGGUGCACCAACACCUGCAGAGGAAACAGCGCAGGAAACCCGGGAGCCGCAGCCACGACGGUGGCGAGGAACCUCCCAUCAUCCGAGGCCUGUGGGUGCAGGAGAUCGACUGGCUGAAGUCAGCAGAGAUCAUACCGCCUCCGCCGCAGUUCACUGACUCACGCGCCUGCAGCGACGCUGACGUGUACGGAGGCUGCAGCUGCGCCGACGCCUGCGCCACGUCGCAGCCGGAGGACCAAGACGCAGACGACACGUCCGACAGAGGAGGCUCGGACUCCGACUGCGGCCUGGAGUCCAUCUGCACUCACGAGAGCGACUCGGACUCGUCUUGCGGUGCAGAAGACGCCGUUCAAGAGUCAAAUCUGACCUUUGACCUGAUGCACGUGUCCGGUUUUAACUCCUGCUCUCACGCUGGCGGGGAUUCGGACUCUGCGAGUUGCACGCAAAGCCUGCUGGGUGUGUCAGAUACGUCUCUGCGGGCCUUUGGUCUGGAUGCCGUGAGCGAUGGCGACGCCGUUUUGGACGUCCUGAGAGGAAGAGUGACGCAGAUGCCGAAGCUCUCUGUCGCACCUUUCUUCAGAGAUUUGAUCAAACAGACUCUGAAUGACUGGAAGACCAACGAACCGCUCAAUGAAGGGCUCUUAUUUCACCGUCAACUUCAGCCCAGCAGUUGUCAGUACAGGGAGGGAGAGGAGUACCACAUUCUUCAUCACAUACAGAACGGCUCAUACGGUGACGUGUUCUGCGUUCGGGAUAAAGGGACCGGAUUCGAAUGUGCUGCCAAAAGGAUCCCACUGAGUCACUUCAGCAGCGAGGAGGUGAGCACGUGGAGCGCUCUCAACUCUCCUCGCGUCGUGGAGCUCUUCGGGGCCGUGAGGGAGAACCUCAACAUCGUGCUCUUCAUGGACCUGAAGCCAGCGUGUUUGGCCCAGCUCCUGAAAGAGAUGGACUCCCUACCUGAGGAUUUGGCCCUGCACUACCUUCACCAGUCACUGGGAGCACUAGAACACCUGCACCACAGAAAGGUCCUUCACUUGGAUGUCAAAGUUGACAAUGUGCUGCUAUCUGCAGACUGCAGAGACACAUUCCUCUGUGACUUUGGUCUCUCAGAGACAUUAGAUGACAGUGGACAGAGCACCAAGGCGUUCAGGGGAGCUGCCUUCCCCGGCACAGAGACCCACAUGGCCCCCGAGGUGGCACGAGGGGAUCGACUGUGUGCCAAGGCGGACGUGUGGAGCAGCUGUUGUAUGCUACUGCACAUGCUCAAUGGAUGCCACCCAUGGAUACGCUACUACUCCCAUCCCCUGUGUCUCCAGAUUGCCAACGAGCCUCCGCCUCUCUGGGAGGUGCCGUCCAACUGCAACAACUUCACGGCCAAAGUGUUCAGGGCCGGACUCCAGAAAGACCCCGACAGACGAGCCUCAGCAAAGGAGCUCCGGAGGAAAACCACCAAGGCCCUCAGAGCAGUCGGAGGUUUGAGUCCCUGGUCCGUCAAAAGUGCCUGUGAGAAGCUCUAUCGUGGCAAGAACCAGAUUGAGGAGACCCCCUGCUCCCUGUCACCCGGGAUCCCUGACACCCCAACGAAACCAUCAGCUGCCGGCUCAGCGCCCACGAUGUACUGGGUGAGCCCCUGGAGGACUACAGCGGUGGACGAGGACAGCUUCGACUGGAAGGACUGUGACUCUGACCACUCUGAGGUGGAGACAGACUUCCAGGCUCGUGAAUGGGAGUCCCGGCUGAAGUCCCUGCAGGAUGAGCCAGACUGGGACUCCUGGUCUGACUCUGACGUUGAUAUAUACAUGGGAGAGGAGGACUACGUCCAGGAACGGUGGCUGAAAACUGACAGGGACUAUGAGGGGGAUUGGGAAGAGGAAGGAGGUGAAGAGGAGGAGGAGGAGGAGGAGGAGGAGGAAGACUGGGACUCGUCAGUGUCUACAGAGUAUCUCCGAGCUCUCCGAGGAAUUUUCCCUUUGCUGCAAAAGGGCCAACAGACAAAUGAGGAUUCAUGGGGAUCAGAACCAGAGCUGGAAUACCUCAGAGACGAUGUACCUAUAGGCACCACGAUCAAGACCCCGUCCCCUGAACCACGAGACGACCCUCCGUCAUGUUUCAGCUGCUCGGACACGUCACAGAUGGACGCUUCAGACAGAGACUCUGAUCAUUCGUCUGAUGAUCUGAGCUCUGGAGUCUUCUCCUCCUGCAACAGUCAGACGGACGGACACUUGGAGUGGUUGGCGUCAGCGAAUCAGCCGUCCUCGUAUUGCUUCGAAGGUGUUGACAUCUGGAUUGAGAACGUCCAGGGCGAGUGUCUGAGGCUACGUGAGCGUCGGCAGGUCAAGGUGGGCCACGUUGCUAUCGGGAUCAGUGAUCAGAUCUCUGGGAAAGCCUUCACUCUGGAGACCCUGGACCGGAAGAUGGUGUCCUUCGAGCAGGAGAUUAAGGAGUCUUGUCUGUGGCUGCGCUGCGUUCCUGCUCCCGACCGGUGUCAGCGCUGGCGGUGGCGAGUCAGAGACGGCAAGCUGGAACUUCGAGAAUGAGACAGCGUUGUUGUUUUGUUGUUGUUUGCACUAACUGAGGCAUUGAAUGUGGACAUGAGGAUGUCUACAAAUACCUGGAGAUGUUGGGCUGCUGAUAUGGUUGAUUUUGAGUGAACGUGGUACUUUUGGUUGUGAUUUAAUAUUUUUAAAGAAUCCGUUGUUCAUUUUAUUUAUUUUAUAACUUGCGCACAGCUUCAUCUGUGAUCUGGAAACUAGAGUUUGUCAUGUUGCUUGGUGCCUUUUAAGCUGCUUAAAACAACGAGUUAAGUGUCAUAAUACAACACGAGCCCUGAACACGUUAAUACUUGAACGUUACUAACCUUUUAUAUCUUAAUAAAAAGUGACCUCCAAGGCAGAGAAGCUGCUCUCUUCUGCUUGUUUUCCAGUCAGUGUCUCCUUCAUUCGUCGUGUGGUUGACUGUCGGAGCAGCAGGGAGACAUUCAAGACCAAUAAGCUUGAUGAAAGAGACGCUCAUACUUAAGAAAUUUAAAAUGGCGACUCUGUUUUGCAUCUGAAGUCUGAGGAAGAGCCUCAUUACGUUUGUUGCUAAAUAAAUAUUUUCUACGGGAGA